AUGGUGCCAAAAGUGGUCGAUGAGUAUCUGGCGUUCCAGGCCACCCUGAAGGCAGAAGCCGUGAAUCGCAAUCGUUCGCAGGACGAAAGCGACAAACCUACGAAGAAGCACAAAGUGUCAGUUUACACCGCUUCAAUACCAAAGCCAGCCAAACGCACAUUCAAUGAGGUGGCACCGGAUCACCUGCAAACAGCGUUGAUUGAUGAAAUAACUAACCGCGGUAAACGUGAAUUGGAGAAGUGGUCCGAAAUUGAGACACGGCUGUCUCGCAUUGUCGUCGAUCACGUUAUGGCAAACCCGGAGAGUCAAGUGCCAGGAUUUGACUCAAUGGAGGUGGUCCACGGAUACAGGAAGAUCAAGUGCGAUGAUCAACUCUCUCUUAAUUUCCUGCAAACAGUUGUGGGCAAGAUCCAGAACAACUGGGAAGGUUUGAGGCUCAAACUAAUUCCGGCCAGCGAAAUCCCUCGACGGCCGAGGCAUCGCAUCUGGAUACCGAACAUGGAGUUCGAAGCUAAGCAGCUAAUCCCAUACUUGCAAGCAACCAACCGCACUGUUCCGAUGGAUGACUGGAGCAUCUUCAAAGCGGAGGCUCCGCAAAAGAACAGUGUGUCUUUCCCUUUCCAAAUAUCAGAGGAGAGCAUCGAGCCACUGGGAAAAGUGGACAAUAAACUUCGUGAGGAAAACGCAACUGAAGAUAUUCCGCUCUGUAAAUCCGGAGGAUGA